UUAGUCAGUGUCCUGUGCGCCGAGCGACGAAACGAAACGAUUUUCUUCCGCAGUCUCCUCACGAAUUUCGCCAGCAGCGGCUGGGUUCCAAAGGCCCAACAGCGGACGGUUGGCAACGCGCGUGUUUGCGCGCCACAAAGCAAACAUAUCACAAAAAGAAAAAUAAAGAAAAAAGAAAUAAAAAAUAGAAAGAAAUAGGCGAAUAAAAUAUCACAAAGAGACUUUGGCCACAUUUCAUUUGGAAAAUGAGAACGAAAAAUGUAAUUGAGUUUUCGCAUUCAAUCAAAUAAUAAUCAAACAAAGAGGAAAACGAAAACAAAAUUGAAAAAAAGGAGACUCACGUGCGAUUGGUCGAGUGCGCACAAUCGAAUUAUUUAUAAAGCCAAUUAAAUCAUUAAUUAAUUAAUCCGAACGAAAGCGAAAUCAUGUUUGGCUGCAUUUACCAGCUCUGGGAUUGGUUGGAGGCGCCACCGCUCUUCACAGGCGGCACCAUGGACCCAAAGAAGCUGCAGCAGUUGCAGCUGCAGGCGGCAACGGCCCAGCAACAGAAGAAGCUGCCGCUGGCCUAUCAAACCAAUCUGAUUGACUAUCGCACAGCGACACAUUCGCCCGCCGGCUACCACCUGGCACCGCAAUCGAUCUACCAGCAGUCCCCCACGGCCACCUCGUCCAGCGGCGGCGGUCCACUGUCGCCCAUCGACAUGCAGCCGCAGGCCAAGCACGGCCUGCUCAAGCAUCAUGGCUAUGGCGGCAACUCCAGCAGCUCGCACAGCUCUCCCUAUCACCAGUCGUACACGAGCAGCGCCGGCACCGGGGACCAGCUCUAUCAGUCGCCCACGGAGCGCACGUAUCUGGCCGCCGCCGGGCGGCUGCAGGCGAGCAAUGCGACGGCGGGCCAUCAUCCCAUCUCGGCGCUGCAGGCGCAGUACCAGCAGCUGCAGCAGGCCAAGAUGCAGGCGCAGCUGGCCACGCAGAGCGAGGCGGCUCAGCAGCAGCAGCGCACGUUUGCCAUGCGCCAGGCCAUGAAUCCGCCCACGGGCCACUACCACAUGAGUCAAUCCUCUAGCAUGGUGUCCAACAUGACACUGCAACAGCAGCAGCAGCAGCAGCAGCAGCAGCAGCAGCAGCAACAACAACAACAGCAGCAACAGCAGCAACAACAACAACAGCAGCAGCAGCGGGCUCCACCGUCUACACUUAAUUUGGCUAAUCAAUAUCAAGCUGCCUCGGGUCCGUUGAAGCUGCAGCAGCAAAUGCCAAAACAUUAUCAGGAGCAGCUCUAUGCCCAGCAGCAGCAGCAGCAGCAGCAGCAAUUGCAAUUGCAGUUGCAUCAACAGCAACAGCUGCAACAACAACUGCAGCAACAGCAACAGCAGCAGCAACAACAACGGCAAAAGCAGGAGCAGCAAACGCCUGGCAGCGAGCAUGGACCCGUUUACAUCCAACAGAAUCAUCCCGGUCAUGUGGUCAAUCAGGCCUGUCAGACGCAAAUCUCAACUGUGGUCAAGCCCAAGCCCACGCCCAGCUCAGAGGAGUCCUCGUCGGCCUCCACGCGCAGUCCCACCCAUGCGCCGCUGGAUCGCAAGAAGAGUAUCGGCUCCAUACAGGCGCUCAAAUCUCCGAUCACCAAGCGUCCACCCACCACGCCCGUCACCCUCUCCGGCUGGCUGCACAAGCAGGGCUCCGACGGGCUGAAGGUGUGGCGCAAGCGCUGGUUCGUGCUGGCCGAGUACUGCCUCUACUACUACAAGGGCCCGGAGGAGGAGAAGCUGCUGGGCUCGGUGCUGCUGCCCUCGUACCGCGUCUCCGCCUGCCUGCCGGAGGACAAGAUCUAUCGCAAGUUCGCCUUCAAGUGUGAGCACCAGAACAUGCGCACCUAUUGGCUGGCCGCGGACAGCGCCGACGCCAUGAUGCAGUGGGUGCGCGCCUUGUCGGCGGCCAGCCUCAUGCAGGCGCCGAGCAGUGGCGAGUCGGAGCCCAGCGUCAGCUCCUCGCUGAAUCACAGCGGGGAGAACUCGGACUCGGGCAUCCACACGCUGCAGUCGCAGCCGGGCAAGGGUCAGCUGACGCCCGCCUCGGACAAUGCGGGCAACGGCAAUGGGGCUCAGCCCCUGUAUGCCAAUGCACCGCCCAAGCCGCGCCGCAUCAACGACGGCGGAUACUCCUCGCCGUCGCCCGAGCACAAUGAGCAGCAGCCAGUGCCACCUAGUCGUCGCAGUGGCGCCACCGGCGGCUCUGUCGGAGCCGGCGGCAUGCUGUCGCCCACGCAGCAGCUGUACCAGCAGAGAUCUCAGCAGCAGCAGCAACAGCAGCAGCCACAGCAGCAUCAUGCCAUCUACGAUACGCGCACCGGACACGUGUCGACGGCGCUGCAGCUGCAGCAGGCGCAGCAGCAAUACUCGCUGGAUCACCUGGAGGCGCAGUUCCAGCAGCAGCAUCUCGACAUGGAGGAGCAGAUAGCGCGACUGCAGCAGCAGCGCGCCGUCGAGGAGAUCUACGGCGAGCGAGACCUCUACAUGGCCAAGCUGAUGCAGCGUGGCGCCUACCCGACCCAGCAACAGUUGCAGGCGGAGCGCCGCACGCCGGACGCCUACGGCCGUUCCAAGCAGCAGCGUCUGUUCGCAGCAGCUGCUGCCGCGGCGGACUACGAGGAUAUCUACAAUAUGUCGCAGCUGGCAGGAGCCGGCGGCGCACUGUCUGCACAGGAGGCACUGCUGCAGGAGGCGGCCAGCUACAGGCGGCCCCUCAGCCCGCCCAGCUACGAUGGCAGCAAGCAUGUGCCGGCCAUGCCUCAACGCUACACGCCCAACCACAUGGAGCCAACGGCCGCCGAUCAGCUAAUCAAUAACCUGGACUUGCGCGCCCGCACCGCUGCGGCCAUCGUGCGUCCGCACUCCGCCGACUUCUUGGAGUAUGAGGCGCGUGCCGAGGCGGCUGCAGCUGCCGCCGCCGCUGCUGUGGCGCAGAGCAAGCACGAGACAGGACGCGCGCCUCGACCCAAGUCGAGCUUGGACAUAAAUCGCACGCCCGACAGCUUCUACUACUCGGAGGCCAGCUACGCGGAGAAGAUGCGCAAGAGUGCGCUCUACUUGCAGAGCGGCGGCGGUGGUGCUGGCGGUGCUCAGCCACAGCAGGCGGGCAGCUAUCGCACCGCCAGCGGCGUCGCUGGCGAAUUCGGCAGCGGCCUGCACACCAUUGGCUACGAGAAUCCCUAUGAGCGGGCGUACAAGCGCCAGGAGCUGCUGGCCGAGGCGCAGGCACAGGGCAGCGCUGCAUGCAGCAUGCCACGCAUGAGUCGCUCGGCCAGUCAGGGUGCGGGCGGCGGUGCUGCAGCGCGUUCCGUGUCCUCGCACGCAAAGCAGCAGCAGCUGUCACAGGAUGAGGAGUUGCCGCCGCUUAACGUGCAUCCGGGCUCGAUAUUCCCACCCUCGAUGUCCACGCAAGAGAUCAUCAGCAAGAACGAGCAGUUCCUGCGCUCGGCCAGCGCCCGGCUGCCCAAGCGUAACGGCGGCCUGGACGACGACUAUUCCACGGCCAACAAUUCGCUGGCCACCUCGCCCACAGCGGGCGCAGCGCCAUCUCCGCAGAAUCCGCUGGAUGGCGAACGCAAGCGCGAGGAGUCCAUGAAGCGCCUGCUGGAGUGGAAGCAGCGCAUGCUGCAGUCGCCGCUAACACGCAAGGGCGUGCAGCAGGGCGGCAGCAAUAUGUCCGCCAUGUCCAAGCUGGGCAGCAAUCCGAACAUAUUGCUCGCCUCCACGGCGGUGGCUAGCGGUGCUCGCUAUGCACCGCUGGCGGGCAAAACGGGCCUGGCUGCCACGGCUGCUGGUGGCACGGCAACCACAAGCUCUGUCGGCGCAACGGCAGCCGGCGCCAGCUCCGCGGGCAUUCAGCGCUCCAGAUCGGAAACGCAUGCGAAUAUGGGACCAGGCGGUGUCUACAACAGUUACUCCUCGGACGAUGAGGAUAAAGAAAGAGAAAAUGCACAAAGCGCAACUGGGCCUGGGCUGGAUGAUAACAUAAGUGUGACGGCAGGAAGGUCAACAACAACAACAGCAACAACAACAACAUCUAGCACACAAAACACAACAACAACAGCAAUGACAACAAUAACAAUAGCAGAGACAACAACAACAACAGCAGCAACUACACUAUCAAAUGUUAGCCUUAGCUCAAAUUUAAGCAACCCAACAACAAUAACAACAACAACAGCAGCAACUGCAACAGCAACAACAACGACAAAGGUUACAGCCAACAGCCAAACUUUUCAGCUCAAGCCCAUACUCAAGCUGCACGAGGCCAGCCGCACGCCCAUUAUCCAGGUGCAGCCCAGCGGCUUGGGGCAGCAGCUGCCACUUCGGCCCAAGCUUAAGCUGCAGCUGCAGCCAACUGAGGCAGCCGAGCAGCCGGUGCCCAUUUUGCCCAAAAAGACGGCGCCCAAAUCUCCGCAGAAUGUCAACUAUGUGCCCGUCUAUAGCAACAAGCUGGUCAGCAGCAACUACGAGAAUGUGGAGUAUGCCAAGGCGGUUAUCAGUGAUGCCGAGGAGACGCCCAUGCUGAUGCAGUUGAAGCUGUACAAAGAGCAGCAACAGCAACAACAACAACAGCAGCAGCAACAGUCUGAAGAGGAUUUAACGCCCACAGCAGAGGCCAAGCCUGGGCUGGGCGAGGCAGCCAUAGCUAAAGAGACUGACGAACAGAUGGAGAAACAAGAGCAAGAGCAAACACAGCAGCAGCAGGAGAAGGUGGAGGUGGAGCAGCAGCAGGACGAUGAAGAAGAUGAGAGCACUGCAUGUGAAGAGUACACUGAUGAUGACAUCGACGAGGCACUGGCACAGGACGACGAUGACGAUGAUGAUGUUGAUGCUGAUGAGGAUGCUGCUGCUGCGCCUGCUGCUGCUAUCGAUGGGGCGCCGCCAGUCAGCGCGAAUGCCAAUUUACCGAGUGACAAGGAGCUGCAGCAGCUUUAUGUAAAUGAGCCGAUAACGCCCACGGAUCAACAGUUAGACGAGAGCCAUUAUUUACCCAUGACGCCCAAAAAGGUGGAGCUGGGCCAGUCGGGCACCCUCAGUCUGGUGGCGACGCACGAGAGCUACAACGAGGCGGAGGAGGAGAAUCAUUAUGUGGAAAUGACCAAAGGCCUUCACGACGACGAUAAUAGAAGCAACUAUGAGAUUAUGUGCAUAUCCAGCGCCCUGACGAGCAGCAGCGUCAAGCUGGCCCACACAGAGCCCGUCUACAUGGAACUGGCAGGCGUCAAAGCAGCAGAAGCAGGAACAGCAGGAGCUUCAGGAGCAGGAGCAGCAGUCGUAACAGGUGCAACCGCAGCAACAGCUGCUGCUGAGGAGGCACACUGCUCAUCCGGUCGCUCCACGCUAAAGAAGAGUAAAAAGAACGGAACGGAAACAUUGAAGAAGAAGACCAAAAAACGUCAGGGCAAAGACAUGCCGGAUAUAUUGAAGCCGGCCAAGAGCGCGCUGGCCAGUGACAGCUCCGAUGCGGAUGACGAAAGCAGCAAACAGCAGAUGGAGGCCAAGCGACUACGUUCCCGGACGCGUUUCAGCCUGUCGGAUACCUUUAGGCCCGCAUCAUACUACUUGGGCGCUUCCACGCCCCUCAACAACUAUGCGGAGAGUUCGGACAGCGAGAUAUUGCCGCCGCCACCCAUACCCGACUCGCCGCCUCCCAUGGAGGAGCUGAAGACGGAGGAGAUCUUCUCCUCGGAGCACUAUGACACGGUGAGGCGGCGCGACAGCAAAGUGCAUCUGUCCUAUGAGCAGCUGCCCAAGAUGCACGCCAGCAACACCUCGCUGAAUCUGCCCAAGACAGAGCCGAGCACCACGCUGAAGAGCAGUCGCCUCUCUCUGCCCGAUCACUUUGCCAAGGUGCGUGGCACGCCGGAGCAGCAGCAGCGCCGGGCCACGGCCAGGGCAGCCGGCUCGAGCUCGAGCGGCUCUGGCUUGACGCUGCUGCAGCAGCAGCACGCGCGCACCUUGUCGGACUCAAACUACAGCUGCCAGACGGACAAGAGCUCAUCGCGCACCUCCUCCGAUCUGGAGCUGUUCCGCUGCAAGCUGCAGCAGCGGCCGCCCAGCAACAACUCGCUGCCCAGCGAGAGCGAGUCCGUUGAGUUCCGCCAGCGCUCCGACUCCGAGCUGGAGCGCCAGCGCUCGCGGCGUCCGCUCUCCCAGGAGUCGAUCAGUGAGAUCGAGUCGAUGAGCGAGCACUUUGAGGAGACGCUGAGUAGCCAUGAGCUGGACACGUAUUUGAGUCACCUGCAGAGCAGCGACCUGCUGCCCUAUCAGGCACAUGCCACGCCCACGCGACACCUGCUUAACGAUGCGAAUGCCGCCGCAGGCGCCGACAUCCUCACCAAUCUGAUCAAGCCACCGAAGACGUUUCGCAACGCGGAUAGCGAUGAGCAGAAUUUCUAUGGCAACAUACACUUUCUCUCCUCCACGGACUCCAUACAGCAGCUGGGCAGCAUGGGCGUCGAGGGAGCCGUCCGCCUCACCCCCAUGCAUAGUCGAAACAAUAGUAACAUCUCCACGCAAUCGGCGCCGUAUUAUUACUCCGAGUUGCCUGCGCCACCGCAGCUGAAUAAUCAGCGUGAGAUUCACGCCCACGGGCUGAACAUAGCCCACAUACACAAUCCCAUCGAUAGGCUGCAGUUCAAUAUGGAUGCACUGGUGGACAAGGAUCAGGCCAUCGACAGCAAGAAUCUGUACAGCGUGAAGGCGAACGUCGAGAAGCUGAGCUACAGCUGCAAUAAGAAUCUGAUAAAGUUGAAUAACGUGCAGCUGGAGUCAGCGGAGCUGGGCAGCGGCGAGGGUAGUGAGAGUCAUUCAUUAAACCCAAUUCAUUCAUAUCUUACAACUACUAAAAACACAAAUCUCGCUCGUAAACUGACUGGUGGUAGCCACUUGGAGGCGGAGGAGGAGGAGGCGGAGGCGGAGGGUUCGGUUGGGUUGGGUGCAGCUGAGCAGGGGCUGGACAAGAGACCGACGGCAGCGGCAGGCAUAGUGAGCACCACAGUGAAUAACGCCAAUCAACUCUCAGUUCUAGGUGGCGAGCUGCUCUGGGAGGAGGAUGCCCUGUGGCGCGAGAGCCUGCGGCGCGUCUCGCAGCGUCAUGCGCGCUCCCUGGACGAUCUGGAUCGCAUAGCAGUGGCUGCGCCCACCUUGCCCAUACCGACGCCGGCGCCCAUGACCGUGCCCAGCAGCCAGGCGACCAAGACGAAGCUCACGCGUGAGGUGACCUACGUGAACGAUUGCCAGAAGCCGCCGCCGCGUCAGCCGCCGGCAGCGUCGCCUCCCUCGUCGCCCUCGCACGACGAACACGAUGUCUAUGUGCAGCUGCUGGCGAAUAGCUCGGGCAUGAGCCAGGUCAGCGAUACGGAUGUCUAUGAGGUGCUGCGCGCCGAAACGGGUUCCAAUCUGUCGCACAAGUCGCAGGAGCUGGAUCGCGAGACCAUCCGGCAGUGGGAUGCCAUGUCGAGUGGCCUCAUGAAGAGCAAUAACAAUGCAGAGCCCACAGCCACAGCGACGGCCACGCCCACGCCCAGAACGCCCGCCUCCAGUGGACCAAUGCUGCCCCUGACAAGCAAUGUGCGUUCCAUCAUACAGCAGCUGAAUGGGAACAAUGAUGUCAAUGGCAAUGCCAAUGCCACAGCCUCGAUUUCGGUGCGCAACGUAAACAAUUUGCCCAAAGGCAAUCUAACUGUCAAGCCGGACCCAUCGGAUGCACUGCAGCUGCAGCAGCAGCCGCACGAAUCGGCAUUCGCCCACUAUGAUCCCUACUAUGGCAAUGCGACGGAGACCAAAUACGCCAAGGCCACAGUCCUGACAGAUCGCGGUCUGUACGGUCGUUCAGCAGCCAUGGCCACAUCGACGCCACAACAACAACAGCAACAGCAACAACUGCAGUUUGGCAUGCGUCGGGCUGGCAGUCGAGCUGAAAUUGAUAUGCUGGAGCGUGAGACGAGCUCACAGAUAAGGAAUCGGCUGCGCGGCGCCGAGGGACUUACCCGUGCGGAGAGCAUACAGCGCUUGGACUACUUGAAGCAGCAUUUGCUGGACCUGGAGCGGCAGUAUGAGAAGAGUAAGCCGCUGGUCAAUCUGGUGGACAAUAUGGUCAAGCUGGGCUCGUUGUAUCGCAACGAUGCCAAUGGCCGUGCUCAGCCGGCGACCAUGGAUCGGCUGGAGUUCAAUCAGCGCAUGCAGGAGCGUCAGAUGCUGCAGGAGGAGCAGAAGCAAUGGGAUCGACUCAGUCCCAAUCAGACAGAGCUGCAGGCCAAGGUGCGAGAGCUCUAUCAGUUGGAUCAGCUGCUGCAGGAGGAGUCGGGCGUAUUGCAGAGCCUGCAGCGUGACAAGGAGGAUUUGGAGCGCGCCUUGGGCGGACUACGGGCACGCAUACACGACAACAAUGCCACGCCCAUGGCCCUGGAGGCGGCCAAGAAGCAGCAGCAUAUACUGGAGCGCGAGCUAUCGCGUGUGCAUCAACUGCUCGCCGAGAACUCUAAGAAACUGGAGCAGACUGUGGCGGGCAAUGCUCGCCUGGAGCAGGAGCUGCUCACAUUACGCCAGAAGGUGCAGUCGACGCGCAGCAACGGCGCCAACAGCGAUGCCAGUCAGCUGAAUGGCAACCAGACGGCAGCAGUGCUGCAGUCGGAGCUGGAGCGGGUGCAAUCUCUGGUGGGGGAUAUGCAGCGGCAGCGGCAUGAGCUGAGCUCGGCCGUGCGACAGUUGACGGAGAACUCGACGCGUUUGUAUCAGGAAAUCGGCAACAAGGAAUUGAGUCCGACGAACGGAACGGGCACCUCGAACGGCAGCCUGAAGAAGCGCAGCAAUUCGAGCAGCUGGACGGAAACCGAUUUGGAUGCCAACAUGCUGCACAAUGGCAGUCAGCAGCAUCUGAAUGACUCCACGCUGAAUCUGUCGACGCCGCUCUACGUGGACACCAAUAGCAGCGCCAAGUUGGGCGACUACAAUCGCUAUAAUGGCAGCAGCGAUGCUCUGGAGUUGAGCGGCGUUGAUAGCGAUGGUUUCCUGGACAGCAAUCCCUUUGCCAAUCUGAGCAAUCUGGAGAAGCAGGAGAUCAAAACGGUGCGCAUUGUCAAGCGGGAGUCGGAGCGGCGACAUCGCGACCGCAGCGAGCGUGGCCUGAGCAAUUCCACACAGAAUCUCGACCAGGUGCUGGAGGAGGAGCAAUACGCCCAGCAGCUGCAGCAGCAGCAGUAUGCUCAGAGCCUGGAGGAGCAGAUGAGCAAUGGCCAUCACAGCCGGUCCAAGUCUUUGCCACGCAGCUACAACGAGCCGCCAAAGCCCAGGCACAGUCGCCACAUGAAUGGCAAGCAGAACGGACACCACUUCAACGGCGGCGGCUCCGACUAUGAUCGCAAUAGCAACUACGAGCACGAGGCACCGCCGCCGCCAGCGCCCCAGAGCAAUGGCCACCACCACCAUCAUCAGCAGCAGCAGCAGCGCGAGCAUCUGAAUCCUUUGGCCAACGCAUACUUUGCCAAGCAACUGCAGCAGCAGACCCAUCCCAGUCGGGACAGCGCACGCGUGGCGCUGCGCACCAAGACCGAGUCGCUGCAGAGUCUCAACAAGAGCCUAACAGACAUUAGCCCAGAGCCGGUGUUCCAGAGUGUGGCCGCUCGCCAGAUCAUCAACGAAAUGUCCGCUGGCUCCGCCUCCGAGGAUACAGAGAAGAUUGUGGAGCGCGUGCCACCGCCACACAAACAUCGACGCGCUGUGCCGCGCGAGAAGCGACGACACUACACGGCGCCCAAUAAUGUCAACCAGAAGGCCAUGGAGAAGGUGCAGGCCGAGAACGAUAUGAAUCGCAAUAACACCAACUGGCGCGCACGUGAUGAUCUCGACAUGGAGGUGGCGUUGCGUCCACGCAUGAAUGCGCCCGAUGUGGUGCGCUCAGCUCUGGGACAGGGCGAGAAGAUCUCCGAGAAUACCAUAGACAAUUUGCUGCUGGCGCCCAAUAAGAUAGUCAUACCCGAGCGUUACAUACCAGAAACAACGCCCGAACUGUCGCCUGAGGAGAAGAAGCGUCGCCAGGAGAAGGUCGAGUCCAUUAAAAAGAUGCUCGCUGAAGCGCCCAUUAGCAGCAAUGAGAGCGAAACGCUGCCUGCCAGCAAGAUCAAUGCGGAGAAGAAGCAGCGCGAGCAUUUGCUGCAGCUUAAUCAAAUUUUGGCCCAGCAAGUCAUGCAAGUCAGCAAAAUUGUUGCCGGCAAUCCCACUAGUCACAACUAACUCCAUUUAAUAGCCUGUCGUGUUGUUUAUGUUUUUGUUUUACCAAUUGUAUACAUUUUUUUGUGUUAUUUGUUUGAGUUGAAAGAAAAUGACGAAAGAAAUGGGCCAAAUAUGUGAUGUAAUUCGACUUACAUAUGCAUAUGCUACACUUAUACUAUAUACAAUAAGAGCAACAGCAACAACAACAACCACAACAACUACAUUACAUAUAACCACAACCACAACAACAACAGCACAGCAAGAAUUCACGCGACGUUGAGAUUAUCGCAUGCUAAGCUCACUAAAAACAAAAAACAAAAAAAUCAGUUCAAAGCAAUCACAAAAUACUAAACGACAAAAACAACAACAACUAAGCCAUUGCAACAACAACAACAAGUACAAUCAGCAACAACAACAAGCACAACAGUUAAACAAAUGCGUAAGUCAAG